AUGUUAAGAAAGCAAGCGCGUGAAAGAAGAGAAUAUUUAUAUCGUAAAGCUCAAGAAUUACAAGAAUCCCAACUUCAUGAAAAGCGUCAGAUAAUUAAAACUGCAUUAGCACAAGGGAAACCUCUGCCGAAGGAACUUGCUGAAGAUCUUGAAUUACAAAAGGAUUUCCAAUACGAUCAAUCUCACCCUGAUGCAGACAAAGAGGAGUUAGAAAUUGAUGAUGAAUAUUCACAUACUUCUGGGAUAGUGGAACCUCGUAUCAUUGUUAGUACAUCAAGAGAUCCUAGUACAAGGUUAUCACAAUUUGCCAAAGAGAUUAAAUUGUUGUUUCCUAAUGCUGUCAGAUUGAAUAGAGGUAAUUAUGUUAUGCCUAAUUUAGUUAGUGCUUGUAUUAACUCUGGUACCUCCGAUUUGAUUAUAUUACAUGAACAUAGAGGUGUACCAACUUCAUUGACAGUGUCACAUUUCCCACAUGGUCCCACAGCGUAUUUCAGUUUACAUAAUGUUGUAUUGAGACACGAUAUUUUGAAUGCUGGGAAUCAAAGUGAAGUGAACCCACAUUUAAUAUUUGAUAAUUUUACUACUGAUUUGGGGAAAAGAGUGGUAACGAUUUUGAAACAUUUGUUUGCACCUGGUGUUAAAGUGGAUUCUUCUAGGGUGAUUACAUUUGCUAAUAGAGGAGACUUUAUUAGUGUUAGACAACAUGUCUAUGUGAAGACAAGAGAUGGUGUGGAGAUGGCAGAAGUGGGACCUCGUUUUGAGAUGAGGCUGUAUGAAUUAAGAUUAGGAACGUUAGAAAAUAAAGAUGCAGAUGUGGAAUGGCAAUUAAGAAGAUUUGUUAGAACAGCUGGAAGGAAAGAUUAUUUAUGA